AUGGCAGUGGUUGGCACUGUUCCCAAACACGGAGAGGGUGUCCGCCCUCGUCUUGUGUCUCUCGCCCUGGAAUUUCGGGCCCUGGCCGCCCUUAUCGACCACUACCGCUGCAGCCUGCGCGAGGAUGUCCAUCGGGAGUUGGCCUGCAGGGAUACCACCCUCACUUUCGACCAGCUGGUGGACCUGUCCAUUCGGUGGUGCUGGGUUCCCACUCCCAGCACCACCGCUCUGGUGCCUAUGGAGAGGAGGGGCCUUCACAUGCACCAUCUGUGGCCGCAGAGGUCACACUGCCGGUCGGUGCCAGGUUGGUUCAUCUGGGGGUCGAGGCAGCAGGCUGGGCACUCUGGCGUCACCCCAGGUGAGCCUUGUGUACUGGGGUACCAGCCAGUUCUGGCGCCUAGACAUCAGAGUCAGACCGAGGCUCCUGUGGUAGACGACUUGUUCAGGCGCGCGGAGGAGACAUGGCCGGUGAUUGCUGGACACUCCAGGAGUCUCCAGGUUCCUCCGCCUCCUCUGGACAUCGAGGCGAGAACGACCAAGGUCAUGUUUGAUUGGCCCAACAUAACAGUGCCCAGCUCUUCAGAGCAGGGUCUGAAACCAGGAGACGGGGAUCUGCAGAGGUCUACAUGUGUCCUGGGCUUCUUCCCUGUCAUCUAUUAUAGCUCCCUCCUCUGUGUGGGAGUACCAGUAAACAUAUUGACUGCAGUGGCUCUAUCCCGGCUGGCAGCCCGUACUAAGAAGGCUAUGCAUGUGUACCUGCUGGCUCUGACAGGCUCUGACAUCCUCUCCCAGCUCUUCAUUAUCUUCGUGGGCUUUCUGCUAGAAACAGCUGUGUUCCACCGUGAAGUCCCCACCCUCCUCCUGCGCUCAGUUAGCAUGGCAGAGUUUGCUGCCAACCACGCCUCUAUCUGGGCCACCGUACCCCUAACCGUGGACCGCUACGUGGCACUGUGCCAUCCGCUCCUCCACCGCCAGAUCAGCUACCCGGCACGAGCGCGGCGGAUUAUCACCAUCGUCUUUUUCCUGGCGCUGUUGUCAGGCAUACCCUUCUUCUGGUGGUCUGACAUGUGGCGCGUCGCCCGCCCGCCCACCUCCCUGGACUCUGCCCUCAUAUGGACACACGUGAUGAUAAUCUACUUCCUGCCGUGUAGCAUCUUCCUGGUUCUGAACUUGCUGAUCAUUCGCCGGCUGCAGGCGCGGCAGAGACAGGUCCCGUGCCAGGAGGAGCGUGGUGGUAGCGGGGCCCGAGUGGCCCCGCAGCGGCGCCUGGGUAAGAGCACUGCCAUGCUGCUCGCCAUUACCUCCGCGUUCGCCAUCCUUUGGGCCCCCAGGACUAUAGUGGUCAUCUAUCAUCUAUACGUGUCCUCGGUCCACAAGAACUGGCGGGUCCACCUUGCCUAUGACCUGUCUAACAUGCUGGCCAUGCUCAACACUGCAGUCAACUUCUUCCUCUACUGUUUUGUCAGUAAGCCAUUCAGAGCGUCCGUGAGGGAUGUUCUGUUGCUCAGGGGGGGUCCGUUGUACCACCGAAGGAUUAUCCACAACCAGCAGGCCCAAGACAAAGUCUCUACGUCCUUGCUGUCUAGCGGGACAAACGCUCACACCGAGACUACCAACCGCACCCCCCUAACACCCUGCAGGGCUAACGAGACCAUGUGACCCUGACCUUGAUCCUUAAUCCUGAGAUGAGACCCCUCUAAUUGAGACAAACCCCCUCGUCCACCCCAUCUCUCCAUCCCCUCUAUUAUGCCAUUCCUCCAGCCCAUGAACAAUGUGACUUCGACCUUAACUAUGGGACCUCCCUAAUUGAGACAAACCCUGUACCCUCUUCCCUCCUUCUCCUAUUCCAUGCCUCUAUCCGUCCCCUCCAUCCCCCCAUUCCACUGUCCCCCCAACACCCCAUCCCACAGACCAAGUGACCUUGAAGUUUAGACACCCCCUUAAUUGAGACCAAACCCUCCACUCACCCCAUCCCCUCAUCCCACGAACCAUGUGACCUUCACCCUGAGACCCCAGAUCAACCCCCUUUACCCAUCCUCUUAUUGCCCCAUCUCUCUAUCCCUCCAUCCCACCAUCCAUCCCCCUAUCCCACGGUUGCCCUAAGCACUUAUGACCUCUGAACCACAGAGAACCACAGAGUGCAUUCCAGCCAUGUUCCGUGGACAGCUGCCAAUCACCCUUUGAAGUGAACAUUCUCAAAGGGCCUUUUCCUGAACUGUUGUUGGACUCAAAACAAGCAGAAUGUUUUCUGAUUCAACAUGUUAUUUAUUAUGUCCAGCGGGAAUCAGUUUAAAAUGGCACAAAGUAUUUAUUUUUCGUUAGGGGGAAGAUUUGGCUUGUGACAUUACGAGUGCUUGGCUUGACUUUAUGUUACUUUCCAUAUAUGGAAGCUUGUUGUAAUUAUGUGACAUGCUAUUGUUUAUAUUGGUAAAAAGAAUAAUGCCAUAUGGACAUUAUUUGGUCUUAUUGGCUGCAGAUGAACAUGGUGCUUUAGUUAACACAUAGAGAGAAGAGACGCUGUGAAAAGAGAUGAUGCUUUCAUCAUGUGCAUGCUACUUAAAGUGAAUGGCUCAUCUAUCUAUUUACACAUUGAGCAUAGCCUCACCAUUUCCUCUCAGUUGUCUACAGGGGGACAGUUUAGUUCUAUGUGAAUCACUUUACAAUAGAAGGAAAUGCAAAAUGCUCUUCCUUUACAGAACAUAAGUUAAGUAAUAGUAAGAGUGUAUUUUCAUAUAGUGCAUUAUUCUUUACUAUGGAGAGAACACUCCACAUGCCUAUUUGCCCAAAUGACAGUGUGACAGGCUUGCUGAGCAGCACAACUGAACAAAUCAAGCAAACAAAUAGCAUUAAGUACUUCAUUUCAACAGUGAGAGCGAGGAGCAAACCACAGCUGUGGUUAUUUUUCAUGAAAAUGCAAGUGGGUGGAGGUUUAAAUGAAUGCUUGCUGUAAGUGCCUAAAAGCCGCAGCAGGGGAAGAAGACCCUGUUCUACAAACACACUCCCCCUGUGGGCUUCAGCUCAGCUAGCUAAACAAAUCUCACAUCAGACUGACGGACGGCACACAGAAAGUACAUUUUCCAUCUGCUCCUGUGCAUGCCCCUAGAAACAUCAAUAAGGCGAUAAGGACAAAUUCAAAUGACAAUUUUUAAUAUGAGAUAUUUCAUCAAUAAGGCAUGAGACCCCUGUGUUUCAUUGUAAAUAGCACAGGGCUAAAGUGUCCUCCUGAAACAUCCACACUUACUGACAAAUUUGCACUAUCGUGUGUAAAUGGGAUCAACAAGCACUUUGUGACAUUAGUAUUUGUUUGGAGCUGAGUGUUCUCUUCUCUAUACAUGCAUCUAAUUAAUGACUGAUGCAACAGUUGGCAAGUGCAAUCUGUUGGUGUAUUACUUUUUAAUGCAAUUAAUUCAUUUAGCCCCAAGAGUUGAUGAACAAUGUUUAGACUUUGAUCUUGAAAUAACCAUUUAAUCACGCACCUCUGGCUCAUCAAUUAGUCCUCAGUGAAAGGCUUUUAAAUAAGGACAUACUUUUCUGUCCUCCUCAUAGCCAUUGUAUAACUGGUUUGAGAAGACGUGUCAACUACAUAAGAUAGUUCAUUUGUUUGCACUAAUAGGAGCAGGCAGUAAGAGAGAAGGACACAUGUUUGUUGAUUACAUCUCCUGUGUUCCUCUGUAGCUCAGUUGGUAGAGCAUAGUGCUUGUAAUGUCAGAGUAGUGGGUUCAAUUUCUGCAACCACCCAUAGGUGAAAUGUAUGCACUUGUAAGUUGUUUUGGAUAAAACCGACUGCUAAAUGGCAUAUAUUUUGUAUUUUUUAUACUUUGAGAGUAAGCUAUUUGCCUACUUUAUACACUUUUUUUGUGACAUCCAAUUGCGACCGUGUCUCAUCGCUGCAACUCCCCAACGUGCUUGGGAGAGGC